GCGCGGGGCGGCUGGCGCGGUUAGGGCCGUGCGGUCGAGUACCGGGAGACUCGGGGCUGCGGGAGUCGUGGUGGGAGGUGGAGGGUUCCAAGGGAAGAUGACCAUCGUCUGUGACCUGGUGCACUGAGUGAUGGGGCCACUUUACAGCAGGUGCCAAGGUCUGCUGGUCCACCUCAUACUUCGGUUGGAGGACGGAGGGAAUGAAAAGUGCCCCAUUGAACUGAGAAGAUAUCUUAAGACGGAAGAAGAAGGCAAGCAACUCCAUAUGACCAAUGGAUCAGUUUAUUAGAGGUCUCUCGCCAGUGACUUCUGAUGUCCCAGCAAAUGGCGUUGUCCCCAGCAGUGCUGGAAAGAUACUCCCAAGGGCCCAGCAGUGAUAUAUAGAACUAACGCAGACUUGGUUGCACUCUGCUGUGUAGACCUUGAACAGGAGUGAUGCCUCCAGGCAGGUGGUAUGCUGUCCAUCCAGCUCAGGCCAAGGCUUCAAGGGAGCGAGGACGCCUUCAGAUGGUAAAGAAGGAAGAAGAGGAUGAAAGCUACACAUCAGUGCCAGCUGCCAGACCACAGACUCUCAAUCGUCCUGGCCAGGAGCUCUUCCGCCAGCUUUUCAGGCAGCUUCGCUAUCAUGAGUCUUCUGGGCCUCUAGAGACUCUGAGCCGGCUCCGGGAGCUCUGCCGCUGGUGGCUAAGGCCAGAUGUUCUCUCAAAGGCCCAGAUCCUGGAGCUGCUGGUGCUGGAGCAGUUCCUGAGCAUCCUGCCAGGGGAGCUUCGGACGUGGGUGCAGCUGCAUCACCCUGAGAGUGGUGGGGAGGCUGUGGCCUUACUGGAAGAGCUACAGAGGGACUUCGAUGGGACAUCAUGGAGGGACUCAGCCCCUGCCCAGAGCCCCGAUGUGCGUUGGAUGGGCACAGGAGCCCUGCAGGCCGCACAGAUAUGGCCCCCUGCUUCACCUCUCAGGAGCAGCUCGGCUCUGGGGGACCAUCUGCAGCCUCCCUAUGAAAUAGGAGUGCGUGACUUCCUGGCUGGGCAACCCGAUCCUCCUGCUGCACAGGUGCCUGCCCUUUGCCAGAGAGAGGGAUGCCCAGGAGACCAGGUGACAACCCAGCCUCAGGAGGCUAUGACUUUCAAGGAUGUGGAGGUGACCUUCUCCCAGGAUGAGUGGGGAUGGCUGGACGCUUCUCAGAGGAACCUGUACAGGGAUGUGAUGCUAGAGAAUUAUGGGAACAUGGCUUCUCUGGUGGGGCCAUUCACCAAACCUGCUCUUAUCUCCUGGUUGGAGGCAAGGGAGCCAUGGGGCCUGAAUGUCCAGGGAGCUCAGCCUAAGGGGAAUCCAGGUGCUGCUCCUGCAGGAGAUGAGCUCCACGUGAAGACGGACAAGUUCACCUUAAAACAUGAACCUUUGGAAGAAGCAGUAACCUUAGCUGUGCCAUUAGGAUGUCAUGGUGCAGCAAAUGUUUCUGAGGGAACAGGGCUCAGAGAAUCUUUUGCACAGAAGAGCAGGUUAAAGGAGCAAUGUGGAAACCCCAUACAAGUGAGAGUUAAGAAAGAAGAGACCAAUUCCAGCCAUGAGACAGGAAGAGACUGUGAAGAAUCGGGAAGAAGUAAUAGUCUUCAUCUAAAACAUAUUAUGUAUUUGAGAGGACCCAGAAGAAAGCAGUCCCUUAAACAUGGCUAUGGCAGACACUUCAGAGGGAGCUCAUACCACUAUGACUACAAGGACUAUGGGAAAGGGCUCAGACGCAUGAUUGGUGGGUUUAGCCUACAUCAAAGAAUUCAUGCUGGACUGAAAGGGAAGGCAAAGGAUGCGCACGGGAAGGACUUCAGUCUUAGUUCUCAUCCUCAACACGGGCAGAAUCUUCACGUGGUGGGGACGUUGUAUAAGUGCAGCGACUGUGGGAGGACCUUCAGUCAUAGCUCCCAUCUGGCACGUCAUCAGAGACUUCACACUCAAGAGAAGCCGUUUAAAUGUAGGGCAUGUGGGAAAGCCUUCAGAUGGAGCUCGAACCGUGUGCGACAUGAGAAAAUUCACACCGGAUUGAAACCUUAUAAAUGCAGUUUAUGUGACAAAGCUUUCCGACGCAUGUCUGCUUACCGCCUGCACCAGGAAACCCAUGCUAAACAGAAGUUUCUUGAAUCUAAUCAGGAUGAAAAAGCUCUCACCUGUGGCUCAGGGUUUGAUCAUCAUUUGAGAGACCAGAGUGGAGAGAAACUCUUUGACUGCAGCCAGUGUAGGAAAUCCUUCCACUGCAAAUCAUAUGUUCUUGAACAUCAAAGGAUUCACACCCAGGAGAAACCCUAUAAGUGUACCAAAUGUAGGAAAACAUUUAGGUGGAGGUCAAACUUCACUCGUCAUAUGAGACUGCACAGGGAAGAGAAGUUCUAUGAUGCAGACAAAAGUAGGGAAGACGUCAGGCAGACCUCCAGCCACAGUCAGCCCCCGCGUGCCCCAGGGGUGGAGAAAGCUCUUCUGUGUCAGCAGUGUGGGAAGACUUUUAAUCGAAAGAAAGCUCUCAUUGAUCAUCAGAGAGUUCACACAGGUGAGAAACCUUACCGAUGCAGUGAAUGUGCAGAGGAGUUUCCACAUAGGUCGGCCUUUAUCCUUCAUAAGAGGCAGCAUGCCGUCAAAAGAAAGCCCGAGGACGCACCGUCGUUGAGUCAGGACAGAGCACUCCAAACUCUUCCGAGCAGUCACACCACAGAGGAACCCUACCAAUGCAACCAGUGCGGCAAAGCCUUCCGUAAUCACUCAUUUCUCCUCAUCCAUCAGAGAGUCCACACCAGAGAGAAGCCUUAUAAGUGCAGGGAGUGCGGGAAAUCUUUCAGAUGGAGUUCUAACCUCUCGCGACAUCAGAGGAUUCACUCUUUGGGGAAACCGUAUGAGUACCAUGAAAGUGAAGAUACUCCAAAUCUGCAGUCACAGAUCCAAACUGGUGCAAAACCUUUUUGGUGCCAAGAAUGUGGGAAAAGCUUUACACGUAAAAGAAGUCUUUUAGAUCAUAAGGGAAUACACAGUGGAGAAAAGCGCUAUAAAUGUAAUCUGUGUGGGAAGUCUUAUGACAGAAAUUAUCGUCUUGUUAAUCAUCAGAGAAUCCACACGAAAGAGAGACCAUUUAAAUGCCAGUGGUGUGGGAAGGAUUUCAUCGGAAGACAUACCCUCUGCAUUCAUCAGAGAAAACACACCAGAGUGGCCCAAUCUGAAUGCAGCGUAGCUGGGUUGUCUUCUCGUCAGCAUACAGGGGUGAGUUUACAGGAAUUAAAACCAAGUGAGGAGAAGCCUCUUGAAGAUUGUGGGAAAACUUGUGAUCAGAGCUCCGGACUCACUGGACUCCAGGACAUACCCACUGGGGGAAAGUGCCACAGAUGUACCACGUGUGGGAAAACUUUUGGCAAGAGCUCACAACUCGUUAGCCACAAGAGAUUUCAUACUCGAGAGAGGCCCUUCAAAUGCAGAGAGUGUGGGAAGACGUUCAGGUGGUCUUCAAAUUUGGCUCGGCAUAUGAAAAACCAUAUUAGAGAUUAGGUUGGUGUCUGACAGUGUGGGGAGGAGGUCCUGGCUACCCUGUUAGAGAACCCCUGGUUGUAGGCGUUGUGGGGCAGACCUUCACAGAGGGCCCAGCCCUUUCUGUUUUGGAAGCUAGUGGCAGAGAAUCCUGAGGAUUCAAAAAUGCAGGGCAGGCACCCCCAUCCUACAGCUGGAAAAUGAGAUGCUGGAAAAGAGCAGCAUUGUGUUCCAGAAGGAGGCUUGUGCCCCUACUAGUGGUCUGUGCACAAUGGCCUGGAGCUCCCCCAGCUAGAUCUCCUUCUAUAACUCUAAGUGAGAGACCAUUGCCCUUCAUGAUUCAACGAAACGUCUGUGGUGUAGUGGGCUGUGGCUGCUGGAAAGGGGCCAUUUGGUCCUAAGUUUCCCUUUGAGUUUGGCCUGUGAUGGUGCCUAGUCUUUUUGACCUUAAAAGCACCAGCAACGGCAAGAACUAGCCUCUCCCGAUGCCUCCAGGGGAGUUCUGGCUGCAGCUUCAGUCUUCACAGUGACUGUGAUAUUUGGUUAUUUGCCAAGGACAUAGAGUUGUCUCAGCUGUGCGUGGAAGAGAACAGGGUACUGGGCUUGAUCACCUGGAGAAUGUGCCCCAUCGCCAUUUCCAUCCCACAGGUCUGUACAGGCAGCAGCGGUCCAUCUGCUAAACAGAAAUGUGCCAAGCAUCUCUGAUGUGCCAGGCACUGUUGUGUGUGCUAGAGACCCAGCAAUGAGUGAAACAGAAAAGUCUGCCAUCUUGAAUCUUUACAGACAAUAAACAAAUGAGAUGUAUAUAGUAUUCUGGAUGAUGGUAUGCGUUGUGGACAAAAUGAAUCAGAGUGAGAGGGAGUGCUGGAUUGGGAGGUGGGUUGAGAUUUUAAACUGGCUUAUCAGGGAGGGCCUCAACUAAGAAGGUGAGCUUUGAACAAAGACCCAAAGGAGAUCAUGGAGGAAGCCCAUUAGGUCCCUGGAUCCUACGCAGGACCCUUCACAGGAGGUAGGGUCUUGUCUGGUCUUCUUAGGGAAUGGCAGGUAGGCCCCUGAGCCAGAGUGGAGAGAGCCAGCUGGAAGCGAAGAGCCCAGAAAGGUGAGGGCCAAGCCGUGUGAGCAUCAUAGCUCCUUGCUGGGGCUUGGCUACCUCAAAGGGAGGUAGGGAGCUUUUGGACAGUUUUGAGUUGAGAAAUACUGUGGUCUGAAUCUGAACCCUUAUAGAAUGUAAUUCAGAUUCAGAGUCCCAUGUGUUGAGGGCCCAGGGUCAUGGGAAGGGCCUUGGAGUCAUCAGAUCUGCAUUCCAGGCUUGGUGUGCCUUUUCUUGGCAGGAUGAUCUUGGGUGGGUCACUGAACAUCGGCAUUUGUUUCCUGGUGUGUAAAAUUAGAGUAGCUGGCUGUGCUACCUGACUCUUGGGACUGGUGAAAAGAAGGCUUGGUUUACUAAGCUUCUGGGUUAAGACCUUGAUCUCUAGACCAGCACCUUCACAAAGCUGCAGCUCCCACGUUGGUCGAUGCUACAAGCACAGAAGUACCCCUUUUCUAUCCAUAUUUUCAUCCCCCCACUCCUUGUGCCACCUGGUACUUCAUAGAGUUUCUGCCCCAAUAGGGGUAUUUCUACUGCCAUUUUUAUAAAAUGAUAUAUAUUUAUUUUUAAACAUUCAAAUCAAAUUUUAAAAAAUGUAAUGAAGUAAAAAUCAACAGAAAUCCCUCUAUACUGAGGUAAGCGUUGAAUAUUUUGGGAUUGUACUCUUAUCGUCUGUUCAGUAACCUGAGUUUUAAAAUGAUUUUAAUUAUAUAAGUAGUAUGUGAUUAUUAUGGAAAUAUUAAUAAAUACAGAUCAGCUAAAAGGAAAAGUCUGCUACUUGGAGCUAACUACUAAACAUUUUGGUGUAAUCAGUGUUAGAUUUAACUUCAUUGCCUUUCCCUGAACGCCCCUGGGCUGACCUGCCUCUUGCUGUCUCCCUUCACCUGGAGUGCCACACUCCUUCCAGGCUGGCCCAGUUCCCAGCCUUCUUUAACCCUUGUCCCUCUAAGCCCUCUGACCUGGUCCCACCUCUCCUAGUGCCUGUGUGUUGCUCUGUUAGGUGUUGUCUGGGUUUCCAAAAGUUAUUGCCACUCAUGCAGCCAGACCGAGUACUCGGGAAGCCGGGUUUGGGUGCUUAUUUAUCCUUUUGCUGGGCAGAGUAGAUUCUGCACAAAGUUGCCUCUUUUAUGGAAUGUAGAACUGGAUUUAUUAUUUCAGCUAAGUCAGGAUUGGAAGUUUUUGAAGAGGUCCGUGAGUGAAAUGUUGACCGGAGACUUCCCACAAGCGUGCCUGCUACUUGGGAGCCCAGCCGUGGAUGGUUCUGAGCUGACUGCCCCAGCCAUCAGUGCUCACCUCA